AUGACUAUCACUUGAGGAAAGGGUGUGGCGUCUCUCCUGCCUAAUUCGAGGUCCAAUUUAACGAUUGCACUAAUAUUUGUAGAUCGUAAACCACUAUAUAAACUCAAGUAUCUCACUGAAAAGAUAUCAUUCACUUUGAGCUAUCAAUAAACAAAGUAUCUCAACAACAAAAAUGGCAUUCAAGUUUAUCACUCUUUUGGCUUUGGUAGCAGCAGCCAAUGCUAGCUUCAUCAGCUCAGUUGGACCACUUGCUUAUGGUGCAACUUAUGCAGCAUCACCAUAUGCAUAUGCUGCUUCUGGUGUACCUUUGGCUUACACUGCUCCAAUCAUCACCAAUCAACAAGUUGUAGAGCCAUACAACCCAAAUCCCAAAUACAGUUACAACUAUGGUGUAUCAGAUCCUUUGACUGGUGAUCACAAGAGCCAAUAUGAAACUCGUAAUGGAGACCAAGUUACAGGCAGCUAUUCAUUUGUUGAAAGUGAUGGAACCACAAGAACAGUUGAUUAUACUGCUGAUGAUGUCAAUGGAUUUAAUGCAGUUGUACGUAAAGAUCAAACAGCCACUGUUGCUGUUCCAGCUACACCACUUGUUGUUAAAUCUGUUGCAUCACCAGUUUAUCAAGCUGCUUCAGUUUACAAUGUUGCAACACCAUUAGCACAUCAAUACGUUCAAACUGUUCAAAACUGGUAAACAACAAAUAUCGACAACCUUAUUUUAUC